AUGCUAUUUCGAGUUCGAUCGGUAGCGGGAGCGGAGAGCGGACCCCAGAGAGCCCUGAGCAGCCCCACCGCCGCCGCCGGCCUAGUUACCAUCACACCCCGGGAGGAGCCGCAGCUGCCGCAGCCGGCCCCAGUCACCAUCACCGCAACCAUAAGCAGCGAGGCCGAGACCCAGCAGCCGCCCGCCGCCCCCGCCCUCAGCGCUGCCGACACCCAGCCCGGCACGACGGGCAGCGGCGCAGGGAGCGGCGGCCCAGGCGGCCUCACAUCUGCGGCGCCUGCCGGCGGGGACAAGAAGAUCAUCGCAACGAAGGUUUUGGGAACAGUAAAAUGGUUCAAUGUAAGGAACGGAUAUGGUUUCAUCAACAGGAAUGACACCAAGGAAGAUGUAUUUGUAAACCAGACUGCCAUAAAGAAGAAUAACCCCAGGAAGUACCUUCGCAGUGUAGGAGAUGGAGAGACUGUGGAGUUUGAUGUUGUUGAAGGAGAAAAGGGUGCGGAGGCAGCAAAUGUUACAGGCCCUGGUGGAGUUCCAGUGCAAGGCAGUAAAUACGCAGCAGACCGUAACCAUUAUAGGCGCUAUCCACGUCGCAGGGGUCCUCCACGCAAUUACCAGCAGAAUUACCAGAAUAGUGAGAGUGGGGAAAAGAACGAGGGAUCGGAGAGCGCUCCCGAAGGCCAGGCCCAACAGCGCCGGCCCUACCGCAGGCGGAGGUUCCCACCUUACUACAUGCGGAGACCCUAUGGGCGUCGACCACAGUACUCCAACCCUCCUGUGCAGGGAGAAGUGAUGGAGGGUGCUGACAACCAGGGUGCAGGAGAACAAGGUAGACCAGUGAGACAGAAUAUGUAUCGGGGUUAUAGACCACGAUUCCGCAGGGGCCCUCCUCACCAAAGACAGCCCAGAGAGGACGGCAAUGAAGAAGAUAAGGAAAAUCAAGGAGAUGAGACCCAAGGUCGGCAACCACCUCAACGUCGGUACCGCCGCAACUUCAAUUACCGACGCAGACGCCCAGAAAACCCUAAACCACAAGAUGGCAAAGAGACAAAAGCAGCCGAUCCACCAGCUGAGAAUUCGUCCGCUCCCGAGGCUGAGCAGGGCGGGGCUGAGUAAAUGCCGGCUUACCAUCUCUACCAUCAUCCGGUUUAGUCAUUCAACAAGAAGAAAUGAAUAUGAAAUUCCAGCAAUAAGAAAUGAACAAAAGAUUGGAGCUGAAGACCUUAAGUGCUUGCUUUUUGCCUGUUGACCAGAUAACUAGAACUAUCUGCAUUAUCUAUGCAGCAUGGGGUUUUUAUUAUUUUUACCUAAAGACGUCUCUUUUUGGUAAUGACAAACGUGUUUUUUAAAAAAAAAAAAAAAAGCCUGUUUUUUCUCAAUACACCUUUAAAGGUUUUUAAAUUGUUUCAUAUCUGGUCAAGUUGAGAUUUUUAAGAACCUCAUUUUUAAUUUGUAAUAAAAGUUUACAGCUUGAUUUUUUCAAAAAAAAAAAAGUCAACAAACUGCAAGCACCUGUUAAUAAAGGUCUUAAAUAAUUUAAAAAAAAAAAAAAU